AUGCAUUUCCUCAAGACAUUGGUAGCCUCCUUGCUACCUUUAGCUGUUCUAGCUGCCAAAAAGCCCGCGGUCGAUAACUUUGAACGAUACCAUACCAAAUCUCUCUCAUCUACCCCAUUGAAGCUCGAUGAUAGUGUCUACAGCAAAUUGACCACUGCACCAAGAGAUUACUCUGUCGCCGUGUUGUUGACAGCUUUAGAAAAUAGAUUUGGUUGCCAAUUAUGUCGUGAAUUUCAGCCAGAAUGGGAUCUCUUGUCAAAGAGUUGGAUCAAAGGAGAUAAAAAAGGAGAAGCUCGCCUGCUCUAUGGAACACUUGAUUUCAUGGAUGGCAAAGGCACUUUUCAAUCUCUUAAUCUACAAACUGCUCCCGUCCUUCUACUGUUUUUACCUACCAUUGGCCCUCAUGCCUCUACAAUCAAUGGCCCCCUGAGAUACGACUUUACAAACGGCCCUCAAACUGCUGAACAAGUUCACUCUUGGAUUACUAGACAUCUCACCGAUCGACCACAUCCUCCAGUUCAACGACCCAUCAACUGGCUUCGUAUUGGCGCAGUUACCACUACUAUUCUAGGAACGAUCACUUUUAUCAGUGUUGCAUGGCCAUAUGUUUUACCAGUCGUUCAAAACCGAAAUGUUUGGGCUGCAAUCAGCUUGAUUGCCAUUCUUCUAUUCACUAGUGGUCAUAUGUUUAACCACAUUCGAAAAGUUCCAUACGUUGCUGGUGACGGACGUGGAGGUGUCAGCUACUUUGCAGGUGGAUUCUCAAAUCAAUAUGGAUUGGAAACACAAAUCAUUGCUGCUAUGUAUGGGCUUUUGUCCUUUGCAACAAUCUCUUUGGCUCUCAAAGUCCCACGUAUCUCAGACCCCAAAAUUCAGCAAGUCGCAGUCCUCGUAUGGGGUGGAGUUAUCUUCGUUAUGUACAGCUUCUUGCUUAGCGUUUUCCGUAUCAAGAACGGCGGAUACCCAUUCUGGCUUCCACCUUUCAGCUGA